CCCAAAAUGUUAUUAAGUGACGUCACGCUAAAAGAAAUCUUUGAUAAGAUACUCUUUUAAAGUGAUAAGAUAAAGCCAGAGAGAACGUAGUAAAUUUUUCCGUCCUCAUUUAUAAAGUUUCGUCGCCAGCGUCCACCCACUUGUAAAAUAUUAUGUCAGAUAAUCUAAGAAACUGUCAUUCGUUCGAAAACUUGGUGCAGACCAAAUGGAAAAGGCCUCAGCAUCUCUCUCAGCCGAAAAUUUGGUUCAAAUGUAAUGGCACGGUGGUGAGAGACGUUACACCUGAUUUUGAUCCUUUUGUUAUGGAUUUUAUGCAAACACACUUCUUGAGAGACGAACCUAUUAAUCAAUCAUUGAAUACUGCCCUUGACCCGCUCUCGGUGGCUGAUAUGCGGAAGCUGUGGUCUCAGGUGAUGCUCCCAAGAAGAGUUUCAAUUGUCGCUGUUCAAGAAGGCACUUUUGGUGCUAACUUGGAUGAAGUGGACGACGAGCGUCCUCCAAAAAUAGUUGGAGUGAACUUGUUGUUUGUUUCAAUGAGAGGGGACCGUCCAUUGCCCAUUAAUGAGAUAUUUAAAAGCGACAAAGCGAAAAGAUGCGUUGGCACUUUCGUCUUAAUGAGAGGCAUGGUGGACGUCUAUGAAAAAUACCAGGUCGAUUUAUGCAUUGACGGGGGUGGGAUGUGCGUGUCACCAGAGUGGCGUGGAAAAGGCAUUGGUCAAAUGUUAGUCACCGCGAGGAACAAUUUGUGCAAAGAAAUGGGAAUUCCGCUGACCAAAACUGUGUUUUCGGCCGCACAGUCGCAAAAAGUAGCUGCUAAAGGAGGCUUUGAGUUGCUUGCUGAACGAUUUUACGCUGACCUGACAGAAGAGAACGGCAAGCCCCUCCUUCCUAACAUGCACCCUGACCAGAAGAAAAUACAACUGAUGGCGCGAAUAAUUAAGUGAAAAUGUGCGAAGAAUAUUUAAAAAUGGCUAUUUGGGAAGGAAAAGUGGUCAUUAAAAUUGUUAAAAAUAACAAUUAGAAAAGCUUGUCUGCUUCGCGCGAAAUUAUUUUAAUAUUUUUAAACAAAAGAUGAACGGUAAUUUUG